UGGGCUGACACCGGCUCCGCUACUUGCAGCCGUCUCCGUUUUUUGGGCUACUUUUAAGGGAGUUUGUGCCACCAUCACCCCCAUCCACUCCCCCGCCUCCGCUCCCUUCGUACGUCUGACGGGUGGAGGCGGUGGAGUCCCCCCCUUGCCGCCCGGCUCUGCAGGGACCCCGCAGCUGAUAGAGACGGGGCUCCCUUCCUCCCUAUCCCUUUCGUCGCCAGACGCUUCUCCCUCUUUGUCCGGGUGUUCCCCCCGGUUCUGCCGCGUCCCCGCUGGCGAACAAAGCCUCUGCUCCGGGGGCGCCGGGAACAUCCGUCCGAGGUCCGAGGAAGCAAGGGAGGAACGGCGGGGCUUGGCUUUGCUUGGUUUGGUUUUCCGUCGUAAAUAAUCUACCUGGUGGAGGGGAAGACAUGGGACAAGGCUCUUUGUCCGCGAUCCUUUGUUCGGCUGGUGGUUUAUAAAGGCUCCUGCGGCUGUGAGAGGGCUGCCGUGCCCGGCGGGGAUGGGUUCCCGGCGCUAAGCCGGCUAUGGAUGCCGUCUCAGCAUCGCUGGAGUUUAGCGACAGGAACCCGGCGUUACGGCGGAUCAGCUUGAGGAUAGAAAUCGGAGGUUUGGGCUCCAUCUCCCCUGACAGAUUAAGAGCUCCUAAAUUUCCCCUCGUGUAGCCCUGUCAGCAGCCGGGUGGGAUUCGGCGGCGCCCGGAGCCCCGCGCUCGGUGGUGGGUUCAGCUUGGAAAUCAGAGCUUUUCUUGGGAAGAUAUCUGCUGCCCACAAUCAGAGGGAGCAGAGGGCUGGUAAUUACGGUCCCUGCUCCUUCUCCUGCCCCAAAGCUGCGUGAGGAAUUCACCUAUGUGCAGAAGUGUAAAUAGAUUGUCUGUGCUUACAUAAAGACUCAAGAGAUGGCUUUCUGCUCCUGCCACUGAGUGCUUGCUUGAUCUCACACACAUGGCUUUUGUCACCAGUUCCUUUUUCCCCCAAAUGCUUAUCUUGUCAACCUGUCAUCUUGUCUCUGUGCCUUGACUCUGCACGUGCCCAAAUCCUCUGUGUCUGCAUCUUCAGGGCAUCUGGGUGAACAUGUUGCCAGUCAGAACAUGGUGAAUAUUUCAUUUUUGUGCCACACUUUCACUCUCUUUUGGAGGAAGAGGGACACAAGAGCAACCUUUUUUUGCAGAUUUUCAUGUUUAGUGAACGUUCUAGUUUUUGCAUUCUCCAUAUUCUUGUGGAUAAUGUCCUCAAAAAUAAGUUAUUAACAUGGGAAAGGAUCAGAAAUGGGAGGAAGUAAGGCUUGAUAGAAUGGAAUUGCAAAGGGUGAGGAUGGGCUUACUUUCCCACAGCAGAAGGAAGCAGUGUAGGAAACAAAGAAGAUUAAGUGAUGAGAAGAUGGAAGAGUGCCUACCUUUACUGUCAUGGGGAGGGGUAGUUUGAACUAAGCAGGUUACAGAAAAAGAGAUACAUUUAGGGCUGUCAAGUAGUAACAUCCUACCCUUUCUAUAUAGUCCUUUUUACACAGUUCCUUUAACACACCAGUAAUUUAUUCUGCUUCCAUUUUGACAAAUGCUAAAUUGACUCAUUAAUGUGUCUCUCUUUACUGAGGAAAUGGAAAUCUUUGCCAUCAGCCAGGGCAGGAAGAGUGGUCUUUUUUUUUUUCCGUAUCAGUUACUGUCUAUGCUUAUCAGAUACAAUUAUCAACCAUAUCCUUGGAAGUAGUCAAAGGCAUCAGUUGACUAUUGUUGAGAAGCCAUAAAGCCCAUCAUGAAAAAUUUAAAGUAUUUUGGGUUUAGAUAGGAAGUGGAGAUUGGAUGAGCUAAAGUUAGCAGAUCCAUCUUGAGGCUGGAGUUGGAUAAGAAGGGCGGAAGAUGUUUAAAUGGGAAGAUUUUUUUUGUCUUUUCCACUUGAAGAUCCGAAGAAAAGCUGAAAUAAUCAAAGUAGGUGUAGGCAAGUGCUAAUGAUUGUUAAUGAAGAGAUUAAUGCUGUGUUCACUGUGUAUUAUUUCCAUUUUAAUUUGUUUAAAUGAAUGGUUAAAUCUGGCAUGUAAUAACUGCCAGCAAGGUAAACAGUGUUUCCCACUGAAUUAAACAAGCAGCUAUAAAAUGAUGAUCUGAGUGUUUUGAGCAGGUGCUGUUCAUUUAGGAUUUGUUUUAGACUGGUGGAGCACAUCCAAGAUGCCACAGAAAUCCAAGGGGAUUUUUCCCCCGGAGAAAGAAGGUCCUCCAGAGACUACAGUGUAGAGUGAACUGUGUAAAUAUGACCAAGAUUGGGUUUUUUUCUUGCUUGGGUCUUGUGCAGGUGGAGUCAGUUUUUAAGUGAACCACUUCAUUUAACUUCCUUUAUUAUAGUAAUUAGUGUAACUGCAGGUGUAGCACCUCUGUUCCUCACCUGAGGGAACACAGUCCUGGGACCAGCUGACAAAUGCUGCCCUGUGUUGGCUCAGGCAGACCCAUGGCUUGGCAGCACAGCAGCCACAGCGGGUGCCACUUGAGCUGUCACUGCCGUGGUGGGGUUUGCCAAGCAUGUGUGAUAAGAAGCAUUUAGUCUGGGGGCAUGCUUGCUGCCCUGAGAGUGCUGGGAAAUGAAGAAGCGUUAAAGAGCUAGAGGGGACAUUUGGAAGUAUGGGGCAAGCAUCCCGGGAAGGAGACAAAUUGAAGAGAAAUGGCAGAGCGAAACAGGAGAGGCAAGAGCUGUCCAAGUCAAAAUUUAUCUGGUUCACUCAAAUUAGUGUCAUUUUAACCAUCAAAUAGAAGAGAAAUAUGAUGCCAAACAGAAGUAACCUCUCUUCUUUAAAGAAUGUUGGAUCAGAUUCCAGUAAGAUUAUGGCAGACUAUAGCCACUCACAAAACCAGAUGGAAUUAAAAAAUGCUAGUUUGGGAACGGGUUCUGUGGCGAAUUCCGUUGAAAAUGGUCUCCAGGAUAUCAUGGAAAACAUCAACACGAGGAAAUAUUCAUCAACUCUUAAAUUUAAAACAAAUGGGGACUAUGCUGGCUCUUAUUUAACCCUUUCACAACCUAUGCCAAUUAAGCCUAAUCCUUCCACCAGUGUUAAAAAUACACACUCUAUUAACAAAAUUCAAGGAGGCAAGCAGUUCCCCUGUGAAAGCCCAUGUCUUCCAGAUAAAGGCAUCUCUGUAAAGCAUUUGGGUUCCAUAUCAGGCAUGUCUCCAUCCCUCAGUGCGUAUAGUUCUGGAAGGACAGAUUUUGACAUCUGUGCCAGCAGAGAAAAUGAAAAAUCCCUUGGACACAUGGAAAAGUUUCACUACUCAAAGUACAGUCAGAGAAAUAAAUCUUAUGACAACAUCUACUUCCCAGGAAUGUUGGAAUCAAAGAGGAUCUCAGGUUCUCUUCUGACUGUGUGGAAUGGAAGCUCAGGGAACGAGCUGAUGCUUUCACCUGGCAGCAAUUCUGGGGCAGCGAGCAUGCCUUCCAGCCCAAAGCAAGGUAGGAGGAUGAAUGCUGAAAACAGUCAGGUCCUUCACAUAAAGCCAGUGAAGUACAAGGAUGGGAUGAUGGAAACUCUGGGUUCACAGCCGAGGAAAUACUGUGGUCGAUCUCUAAGUCAUAUGGGAAUGUACAGUCGUUCCCUACCCAGACUUUAUAAAUCAACCGAAAACCAGCUGGUGCCAUUAAGUUUGCCCCCCAGGAGCUCUCUGGGUAAUAGUAAAAGGAAAAAACUUGGACAAAAAGAGCUACCUCCAAAUGCUUUCAUUGCUGAUAAUUACCUGAAUUUUUAUUCUUGCAGCUCAGGGGUUUCACCACAUGCAAACUCUGUCUCCAGGAGUAAUCCCUAUGUCAGUUCAACUCUUAGUGUUCCUGCAAGCCCUCGGAUUGCUAAAAAAAUGCUUUUAGCACCUUCUUCCCCAUAUCUCUCUGAUGAUUUUGACAGACUUGGACUCUCAGGAACAAGUCCCAGUAGUUCUUUCUCCCCAGUGGAUUUUGACAGGUCAUUCUCUGUCCGAAGAAACCUUUCCAUCAGUUCCAUGGAACUUGAUGACCCAGAUCUGGAAAGUUACAGACAGACGCCAAAUUCUCUGCAAACGUCCAUGCAAGAGCGGAAGAACAGCAUUAGCUCAAUUUCAGGAAGGGAAGACCUCAUGGACUAUCACAGGAGGCAGAGAGAAGAGCGACUGCGGGAGCAGGAAAUGGAACGGCUGGAACGACAACGGCUUGAGACAAUCCUCAAUCUGUGUGCAGAAUACUCCAAAUCUGACAGCGAUCCUGCUGCAGCCACUACAGUUGCUGAUGUUCAGAAAAUUAACAAAGAACUCGAAAAACUUCAACUCUCUGAUGAGGAUUCCGUGUUUGAAGACUCCCAGAUGAAUCUGGAAAUGAGGUUCAGAAGCCACUUGAAAUCAUCUGUGAGUGACUCAGAUUUCUCAGAGUUGAGCAGCCACAGCCAUGGCACUGCUGCUUACCUGCCCCCGCGGGGGCUGAGGGCUGAGGAGCACUUCAGUGAGAGCACCAAGCCUCCACCUUCUGCUGCUCACAGCUUCCUGAAGGAUGCCACUGAGUCAUCCUACCUAAGCAUCACACCAAAGAUACCAGAAUGCACCACUGAAGAGCAGAGAAGGGAGGAGCUUGGUCAACUGGAGGAGGAACGCAUAGUAAUACUGAGUAACUUGGAAGAACUUGAGCAGAAGAUCAAAGAUCUAAAUGACCAGAUGGAUGAAUCCUCAAGAGAGUUGGAUAUGGAAUGUGCCCUUUUGGAUGGGGAGCAGAAAUCUGAAACAACAGAGCUGCUGAAAGAAAAGGAAAUAUUGGAUCAUCUAAACAGAAAAAUAGCUGAACUGGAGAGAAAUGUUAUUGGUGAAAAGACAAAGGAAAAAUUAAAACUUGAUGCUGAGAGGGAAAAACUAGAGAGGCUUCAGGAGCUUUACUCCGAGCAGAAGACGCAGCUUGAUAAUUGCCCUGAGUCCAUGAGGGAACAGUUACAGCAGCAGCUGAAGAGGGAUGCUGAUAUUCUGGACAUAGAAAGCAAACACUUUGAAGAUUUAGAAUUUCAGCAGCUUGAACAUGAAAGCAGGUUAGAUGAAGAGAAGGAAAAUCUGACACAACAGCUCCUGCAUGAAGUAGCUGAAUAUCAGCGCAGCAUUGUCAGUAGAAAGGAAAAGAUUUCUGCUCUCAAAAAACAAGCCAGUCAUAUUGUCCAACAAGCACAAAGAGAGCAAGAUCAUUUUGUAAAAGAGAAAAACAACUUAAUAAUGAUGCUGCAAAGGGAAAAAGAAAAUCUUUGUAAUCUGGAAAAGAAAUAUUCCACACUUUCUGGAGGAAAGGGAUUUCCUGUCAGUCCCAAUAGUCUGAAAGAGGGCUAUAUCAGUGUAAGUGAAAUUAGUGAGCUGUAUGGCAAUUCCACGAACAUAUCCCCUUCCACUCAGACCCCCUCAGAUGUUGAAGCAGUUGCCACUGAGCCUUCCAUGGCUGUGCUGACGAGCCAGCCACAAAAUAAAGAGCUAAGAUCACCUCUCUGUUCUGGAUUUGUGUUUCCUCACUCUCUUUCUCCUCGCUCUAUUGCUCAACUUCCAUCAGUCCACUGGCCUGAGGUCAUGACUACUCAUGUAGAUCCUAUUCCUUUAUCUGAUACACCUCCACCUCUGCCAGCUAAGAAACACCACAGGCAACAACAGCAUUUCAGAAGCCUGGAGGAGCGCAAGAAGCAGCACAGGGAGGACACGUACCUGAGCGAUACCCUGCCCCGCAAGAAAACAACCCCGUCCGUGUCUCCCCACUUCAACAGUGCCACGCUGGGACGCAACAUUGCAAACAAAGAACAUUUACCAUUAGGACAGAGCAACAGCUGUGGCAGCGUACUUCCUCACUGCCUGGCAACCAUGACCAAAGAGUCAGAGUCGAGAAGGAUGCGCAAAGGGUAUAACCAUCAGCGCAUCUGUGAAAACCAAAGGCAGAAGUCUCCGGAAUUCUACAUCAGAACAGCAUCGGAAUCCAAUGUGUAUUUGAACAGUUUCCAUUACUCAGAUCGUAGUUACAAGGACCAUGCCUUUGACACGUUAAGCUUAGACAGUUCUGACAGUAUGGAUACAAGCAUAUCAGCAUGCUCACCAGAUAACAUUUCCAGUGCUAGCACUUCAAACAUUGCAAGAAUAGAGGAGAUGGAGAGACUUCUCAAACAAGCACAUGCUGAAAAGACUCGGCUGCUUGAGACCAGAGAACGGGAGAUGGAAGCUAGGAAACGAGCUCUGGAAGAAGAAAAACGCCGCAGGGAGCAACUGGAGAAAAGAUUGGAGGAAGAAACAAGCCAGAGGCAAAAAUUAAUUGAAAAAGAAGUCCAAAUACGUGAGAAACAAAGAGCACAGGCCCGUCCCUUGACUCGCUAUCUGCCCGUUAGAAAGGAAGACUUCGACCUACGAAGUCACAUUGAAACGGCUGGGCACAACAUAGAGACCUGUUAUCACGUUUCUCUCACUGAGAAAACCUGCCGAGGCUUUCUGAUUAAAAUGGGAGGGAAAAUUAAAACAUGGAAAAAAAGGUGGUUUGUUUUUGACAGAAACAAGAGAACUUUUACCUAUUAUGCAGACAAACAUGAAACUAAAUUAAAAGGUGUAAUAUAUUUUCAAGCUAUUGAAGAAGUCUAUUAUGAUCAUCUAAAGAAUGCAUAUAAGAGCCCCAACCCGCUGCUGACCUUCAGUGUUAAGACCCAUGACCGCAUCUACUACAUGGUUGCUCCUUCUCCAGAAGCCAUGAGGAUAUGGAUGGAUGUCAUUGUUACAGGCGCAGAAGGCUACACCCACUUCAUGUUAUAAUAAAAGGGAGCAAUAGGGCAUCCUGCAAUAACGUAACUUAUUAAGUUAGCCGUAGCUAGUGACAGCUGAAAAGCCAGAAUACCCUGAAAUGUCCUCCUUAUGAUGUGCACCCAAAACCUCAGAUUGAGAGGGGGUUACAAAUGCAUUGAAAAGGAGGGGUUGUUAUCUGUUGUAGUUGAUCUUUAUAGGACUGAAUGAGCUAAAGCUGUUGAGAGAAUCAGUGCUCCAAAAUGGAUAAUCAGGCACUUUUAAUUACAGCAUCUUGGUUGAAUGAUAAGUUUCUACAAAUUUUCUUAUACAGAGAAUGUCUUCAUAAAUUUAUACUGAACAGUUUACAAGUGUGUGUUCUCAUUGGUAUCGAAAAAUUCUAGUAGUGAAACAAAAAGGUGUAAUAAGCAUAUAUUUUAAUAUGCAACAUUUGACAUUUAUAGAUGAUUAAGUGACUUUUUAAAACCUUAUGGUCAAGUAUUUUAUAGAAAUACAAACAAAAAAAGAAGCCCUAAGGUACACACAGUUCUUGCCUUAGUAGUUAAAUGUUACAACAGAGCCAAAGAGUUACAUGAUUCCCUUAUAUUUUCAUAUUGUUACUUCUACCUAACUUUCUGUAAGGGGACAGUGCCAAAACUCUUAAUGACUUUUAAUGUAAUUAAAUGGUUAUGUUCUGUGUGUUCAAACAGUCUGUGGCAACAACUCUAUGUUUAAAGUUCACAUCUAUGGAGCUCAACAAGGCAAAAAACCCUGAGAGGGACAGCUUUAUAAAGAUGCAUUUUUUCCACAAGGAUGAGAAAUGUAAACACAUGUAUUAACAUCCUCAUAUAGAGGGAUUUUUUAAUCCUCCCUGUUGAACAGAAUAAGCUGAUUCUGGACUCUACAGCAAUUUUCUUUUAUAUCAUAAGGUCCCAGUGUGGUUCUAAUCUUACUCUGUGCCAAGUGAACGCUCUAUUGAAAUCUCUCAAAUAUUGCCUGCCUUGAAAGCCAGCACCAAAACCUCUUACCUGUCUGAAUUCUUUGGAGCCAAGCUUUCAGUCCCAGAGAAUUAUUUUGUUGUUUAAUGUAUAUCUGCACAGAAUACUGCUGUCAAAUAGAAUAAAAAGGGAGAGGUGAGUUCUAAGAGUUUACACUAAGCAGUGUAUGAAUAAAAAACUCUGAAAGUUUGAAGUAGUAGGGAUUGAGAUUCCUAAAACAGCAAAAAUGCUGAGUGUGCAGCGGUCUCCCAUUUUAAAAUCACCUCCAAGUCCUUGAGUAAUAUUGCAAAAAUAUAAAUUAUUUAAUUGAAAUGAACUUCAAGAAAGUGUCAUAUUAUGACUUUAAAGAGGUUCUAUUUGAUGAUAAUUGAAACUUACACGCUCUGUGGUUUGUGUACUAGACGAAAGCACAUUAGCCUCUUUUUUUCUUUGAUGAACAGUUAAUGGCUUUAAAUUGAACAAAUAAACUGAAACCAGAAUAGAAGUAUGCUGGCAGAAUAUUUUUGUUAUACUUUUUAAACCCUGUAGUUGUAAUGAACAGGUUUGUGGUAUGUACAGAUGAUGUAGUUGUUCUAGCGUGACAAACAUCAGUUUCUACUUGAAUCAUAGAAGAGACUGUUGUUGAAAGAUAAUUGUUAUCAUCUGUGCAGAUCACAGCCUGUAAUCUAUAAUUUAAAACACUAUCAAAUAAAUUGCUUUUGUUUAUACAGUUAUUAUUUUUCCUGAUGUAUUUUUAUUUUAUUCCCAAGCACAGUUAUAAAGGUUUUCUAAUACUGAUUUUUGUAUCCUGCAUGAUGUGAUGAAGGCAUUUUAAUAAACAUUUUUAAAAAUA